AUGCAUAUUCAAAGUGGUAAUAUAUGUUCAUUCUGGAAUGAUAUCUGGAUUGGAACAAUAUCUCUAGCUAGAUUAUUUCCUUCUCUUUAUAAGCUCUCCAGAAACAAACAUGCCACUUUAAAAGAUAUGGUGAAGGUGACUAACAAUGACAGUGCUUGGGAUUUCAAUUUCACUAGAAAUCUCAAAGAAGAGGAAGUGAUUAUGGUUGCAGAUUUGCUGGGUCAAAUCAAUGAUCCUAUUUUAACUAAAGUUGGUGAUGAUUACUUGUCAUGGAAUCAGGGUAAUGCUUUCUCUGUAAAAUCUUGUUAUGAUGCUAUUAAAGUGGCAGGUUUCAUCAGAUUUCCACAUAAGAGCUUAUGGAAUCCAAGGAUACCUCAGAAGGUGUUAUUCUUCACUUGGAAUUUAUGUUACAAUGCAACUCCAACUCUUGAUUCCUUGCAUAACUCCAUUGUGAUUAAUGGAUGUAUCAUGUGA